ACUCAAGGUGGUACAGACACCGUCAUUGUCGAAGUUCCAAGUACUACUGACUCUAGUGUUGAAGUUUCUUCUAACUCCGAAACUACUCAGACUUCUACCUGGACUGGAACUUUCACCACCACCGUUACUCACACUGACACUCAAGGUGGUACAGACACCGUCAUUGUCGAAGUUCCAAGUAGUACUGAUUCUAGUAGUAUUUCUAGUAGCACACCUACUGCGGAAGGUUGUACGGCUGUUCAACCUUCAGCUGUAGGAUUCAUUGGAUAUUUUUACGACUACACUGCUUCUGAUUCUUUAGCCUCGUACCUUGAAGGUGGAUAUAAAUCCAAUAAAUUGGAAGCUACUGAGGAAGCUAUUGUUGAUGUUGAUAUUGUGUACGAAAGUUCGUUCACCUUAGAUUUGGAAGGUUAUUUCCUUCCUCCUUUGAGCGGUAGCUAUAAGUUUGAGUUGAGCAAUAUUGCAAAUGGGGCUGCUCUCUCUAUUGGAGCAGAUGUUGCAUUCUCUUGUGGACGUACAUUAUCAAAGAGAGCCAACUCUUCUCCUUUAAUCAUUGAAGGUCAAUCCCGCUCCGGUGGAUUGACCGUGGAAUUAGUAGCAGGUACUUAUUAUCCAAUCAGUAUCGUUAAUAAUUACAUUUCCAGCGGUGAGCAUAUUGAAUUUUUUAUUACAGGUCCAAAUGAAGAACUUACUGUUGAUCAGACUAUAUUUUAUAUCAAGCAGGGUGAAACUGGAACUUCUUCUACUGCUUCUAUUUCAUCGUCUACCACUGCAGAUUUCUCAUCUAGUGCUGCUUCAUCUGAGACUUAUAGUUCAUCUUUCCCAGCUUCAUCAUUUACAUCAAGUACCGGUUACUGGAGUAAUUCAAGUUUCGUCUCAACAUAUGGGCCAUCUAGUACUUAUUCUUUGACAUCAUCCUCAGGUCAUCCUUCUGCAACGGAUACUACGUCUUCUGCUACUACAGAAGCUGAUAGCACUACUACGAAAACGGAUAUUUCAACGGCUGUAAUUACCGUCACUUCUUGCGAUGACAAAAAGUGUACGGUUACGCCAGUCACCACAGGUGUCACAGUUGUCACCGUCACUAUUGACGAAGUAGCCACAGAGUACACUAAUUACUGCCCAUUACCAUCUAGAUCGACACUAACUAAUGAAGAACUAAAUGACUACACCGUUAAUGUACCUGGCUCAGAACCAGAAACCAUUUCUACUGAUGCUUUAGCUACUAGUGCAGAUGUCUCUCAAAGAACUCUGGAAUUACAGGCAGUUUCCACAACUCAAGUCUCAGCGGGACCUUCUGCAAUUGCAACUAAAUCUUCUUCCAAGUCUAGUUUUAAUGUAAACACCUUGGACAUCAAGUCUGCGAGUUCCGCAGCUUCCACUUCCGUGCCUUCCAGUUUUAAUUCUCCACCAACAAUUGUUACAGUCUCUGAAGGUAAAGCGGCUGGAUCCUUUGAUAUUCCAGCUAUAGCUGUACUAGUGACCUACUUAGUUCACAUGUUACUUUAG